GUGUCAGGUGGCAGAUGUUGUCGAUAGUGAAGUCAACAGUGUUUUGAAUGCUUUUAACAAAGUUUUUUUAACGCUUAAAAGGUAAUGUACUUUAAUUAAUUAUUGGAACGUACGAUAAAAAGGAUUGAUUGAAUAAAUUAUUCUUAUCCGACAUUUUGAGAAGAAACGUAAACAACUGAAGAUCAGAGAUUAAUGUUGAUUUAGUUCGAGGCAAAAAACUAAAAAAGAGGGUUUUAAUAUCAGAGAAGUAAAAAACGGGACUCAUAUGUUUACUACAUGAACAGGUGAAAGAGAAGGUUUAUAUUUAAAAAGAGACGAUAUCGAUGAUUAUAAGCAGGUGACUGUCUGACCAGUAUCGGUAUGUUUUCCAAGCUAAAAACAACUCCACAGACUCCCCAAGAGUCCAACCCUAUCACGCAAUACUUUGAGAUUGGAAAACAUGUAGCGAGUGCUGGACCAGAACUGGUAUGGAAAAUACAUGAAGCUGUGAGAAAGUCUGAUAAAAGAGAAGCUUCAGUAUUUUACUUUGAAAAAAGAGUUGCAGAAAAGCUUCAUAAACCAAAAAGGAAGGAAACCAUCACAGAAAUUUUAAGAUUUAGCGUAAGACAACUAGAUCGACUAAAACACCCUAAAUUAUUAACCUUGUAUCAUCCAAUUGAAGAAUCCAAUGACACAUUGGCUUUUGCUACAGAACCAGUGCUGGGUACAUUGGCAAAUAUAUUGGGAUGUCUGGAAGAAAGACUACCCCAAAACAUCUCCCCAAUGGUCAAAGAAUAUACUUUUCUGGAUAUUGAACUCAAGUAUGGGCUAUUACAAUUGACAGAAGCUCUGUGCUUCCUUCAUUAUUCCUGCAAAUUGAUUCAUAGGAAUCUAUGUCCUCAAUCGGUCAUCAUUAAUAAACGUGGAACAUGGAAAUUGGCAGGACUGGAAUUUGCCGAAAAAUGCAACGAAAAUGAUAUCAUGAAGCCGGUGCCUUGCCAAGCGUUUACGUCCAAAUUGCCUAAAAUGGGACAACCAGAUCUAGAUUUUACUGCACCAGAAAUACAAAAUCUAUCAAAAUGCAGUCCGCUAAGUGACAUGUUCUCUUUGGGUCUUGUCAUAUGCGCGGUAUAUAAUGGUGGUCACUCCAUUAUUGAAGCAAAUCUAAGUUGCGCAACAUAUCAAAAGCAACUAGAAAUGUUGGAUUCCAAUUUGAACGAGUUAUUGGAUAGAGUUCCACAUCAUCUUCAAGAACCACUUCAAAGUCUUUUAGAAAUUGAUGCUCGAAGGAGGCCCAAUUCACAGAAUUUUUCUAUGAUUAAGUAUUUCAUGGAACCUGCUGUGCAUGCUUUGCAAUACUUGGAUGUAAUACAGAUGAAAGAUUCUACGCAUAAAUCUCAUUUUUAUCAUAACUUACAAGGAACAUUAUUUAGCAUUCCAAAGAAACUUUGGUUUCAGCACGUACUACCCUCCCUGAAAACUGAACUACAGUCACCCGAAGUGUUGGCUGCAGCACUACAACCUUUACUUUUCAUGAUUGAAGAGAGUACCAUAGAAGAAUAUCAAAAUGAAAUUUUACCAGUUUUCAGAACAAUUUUUAGUAUGCCAAAAUCUGUCCAGGCUACAGUCACAUUACUGGAGAAUUUAGACAUUAUAAUGAAGAAAACUCCAAAAAGUGAUAUUAAAGCCGACGUUCUUCCUAUGCUGUACAGCGCUUUUGAAUCGACUACCCCUCAAAUUCAGUGUGCUGCUUUACAAGCUGUAACUCAAAUAUCAGACAUACUUGAGGAACAGGCAGUAAGAAAAAUGGUGCUGCCAAGGACCAAACAAGUGUUUGAUAACAACUCAGGAGUUAAGGAAGAUUCCUAUAUCCAGGUGCAAGCAAUAGCUCUUCAUUGUGUGGAAAAAAUUAUAGAUAAAUUGGAAAAGACAAAUAUAUUGGACGAGGUCUUGCCAAUGCUCGGAAAAGCCAAGCUUCAAGAUCCAGCCAUUCUCAUGCCGGUCGUAAGAAUAUAUAAGCAUAUGUUAGGAGAGAAGAAAUAUGGUUUAACUGUUAAUUUACUGGCUACUAAAGUAAUGCCUGGACUUAUUCCUAUUGUCGUCAGUCCCGGUCUAAAGCUUGAUCAGUUUACUAGCUUAGUGGAGUUGCUGAGAGAAAUGUUAGAUCAUGUGGCACGAAAUCAAAGAAAUAAGCUCAAAUUAGAAAAGCUGUCUUCUACAGAAAUUAUUCCUACAACUUUUGCGUCUGCAGCAGAACAAUCUGCAAGUUAUCCCCACAGACCUCCAACACUUCGUCUGGAAUCCAGGCGACAGAGUAUUUCAGUAGAUGACGUUGCUCGCCGCUCAUCCGGAGCAAAUAAUGGAUCAGAGGCUUCAUCUCCAGAUUCAAACCUGCUGCGGGUUCAAGCAACUUUGCCGGGUCGUCGCCAUUCUGAUAAUACAAUACAACCUCCACGAAUCCUGAUUGCUCCUUCAAGUCCAGAUGGCUCAUAUACUCCAGGCAAUGUACAGAGAAGACAUUCCAGUGUCUGUCCACAAGAUGUCAGGUUCCAAUUCAAUUCUUUUAAAGUAAGCCCUUCACCACAAGUGACCACCCCUAACGUCGGAAUGGACUUUUUGACUUCCGGACGUGGAAAUAUGAGGAGGUAUUCUGCAGCCGCCCUUUAUGCAAGCAGUGGAGUACCAGCCACUUGUAACAGUCGAGGUCCAAGCCCAGCAGGCUCAGCAUCCAGUUUACUACAACAAAUAGGAUCUGGAGUACAAUCUCUCUUUGGAAAAUAAAACUUGAUACUGUCCAGAUCCAUUUCCGAAUAAUUGAAGGAAGAAAAACGGUUUUGGUAUCAAGCAAUAGUGAUCUGAUGUGUACGGGCCUACACCCUUCUGACAAUCCACGACAACACAGCGACCAACACCACGGUCUUUUCGCAACUCAAUUCUGAUAGCUACCAACCCUCCAUAUCACACCACAGUUCAGUGAGACACUCCUACAUCAAAACUUUAUAGAAAAACUCUGACCGUUGAACACUGUUGGCUCACUUUUGACUUGACUAGUGAAGAUUUACCACAAAGGAUAUUUGCUGUUGCCACUUGCAGAUAGUCCAUUUAGAACCGUGGAUUUGUCAAGUAACACCUAACUCUGAUGGAUAUCGUAGCUCAGGCGGGAUGAUUGAGAAAUUUAUCUUUAUUUUAGUUAAUAUUCAAAUCAAGUCACUUGACACACUGAGAACAGAUUCAACUUUUGUGACUAGAAAAAUGCCUCAUCAAGCCCAAUUACGAGUUGCUAAAAAAUUGCUCAGCACAUAAAACAUGUGAUCAGAGGGAUAUAGUUCUAAAAAAAAGAUUCGUUAAACUAUAUCUUUUCAUCUUCAAUUAUUGCAAAAAAUAUUUACAUUUAGCUUGUUAAUUGUAAUCUUGUUAACUGAGAAGCUCUUGAUAUCUUAACUAAUUUUAGUCUGCAGUUGAAAUGAUAAUUAGAGAAAAACAAUUAUUCCCUACAGAAAAUUCAAAAAUCAAUGCCGACACAUGAUUUUUAUAUUUAAAUUCAACUAAUUCCUUGUGAAAACAUCUCACGCUGGUUUAAAACGUUAAACUAGAAUUUUGUCUACUCCAAAAUAGAUUUUAUGCUAUAUAUUUUUAUACAAAGAAUUUCCAAUGAGAAUACAAAAAUAUGUUUCAUUAAUAAGAAAUUUAAUCGUUAUUUGAUGGGUCCCACAGCACAGCCCCAAUAUAUGUAUGAAAAAAUUUUUAUAUUUAACAAUCUUGGAGAGGCAUGCAGCCAACUUUAAUGCAAUAAAUAAGUUUGGUGUUUGCAUGAAAUGUUUUUAUUUUAAAAACUAGUCUUUGAAAUAUGUAUUUUGAUAACAAUUCGAUUAUCUCAAAAAUAAAACUGACCCUGGACUAACUUUAGCUAAGUGGAGCUAAAUCUUUAUAUCCAUCGCAGCGAGAUGUUACGGAAAUGGGACGCCUCUAGCAACACAAGUAUUAUUAAAUUAGCAAGAAACAAAUAAUAUUGUGUUCAAACUAUCACAGACCUUAAUAAAGUGGAAAAAGAUAUAAUAAGAAAUUAAGCUUAUAUCUUCGGAAAACUAAAGAACUUCCAAAACCUGUUUUCCUUUUUUCUUCAAAUUUACUAGAAAUAAAACAAAGUAAUCCUAAAUUGUAUUGCUGUUUUAAUAGAAACAACUUGAUCAUCAACAAUGUGAUCACUUCAGUAUUCAUCAAAAAACUAUAUAAGUCCUGUUGUUAUAUUGAUGAAUAAAAUCUACGUUUCUACAAUUAGAAGUAAGAAAAACAUUAAAACCUUCGUGCAUAAUUUCUGCCUCUUUAUGUAUUUCAAAAAUUUGAAAAAAAUCUAUUUGUGAUUAUCUUUAGAAGCAGUAAAUGCAUGUAUGCUGUUUAGAAAAAUGGAAGAAUUUAGACAUUUUUUUAUAUUUCUUUUCUCAAUUUAUCAUUGUUAUUCAUUGAAUAAUUUAAUAGAUUUUUAACCCAUUUUGCCUAUUAAUAAGUGUUGCAUAUAUGGUUACUUACAUAACUACUAAGUAGAUUGCACGUGUUUAAGCACUUUUUUUCAAAGCAGCACUUUUAACUUACUCGUGUCACCUUUUAUAUUUCAAAAAGAAAUUCAUAAUGAGAAACUGCGUCAUUUUUCCUUAUCAAUAGGCAACAAUCGAUAACCAUAAUGCACCACGAUGUAUCCCGGUUUUGGUGACUUUAACCUACACUCCUUUUUAAAUUAAUGUACCGUCAAGGAUUCAUAUUUUUUUAUUUAAAUAUUUAAAACAAGCACCUUAUAGAUAAUUUUUAACUAUAAUUUUCCCUAAUAUUAUUAUACGAAAUUUUUUCUUCGAAUUUAAGUAUAGAGAAAUUCUUUUAAAAUUGAUCAGUCCCAAUUAUAUUUUAAAUUAAGACAAAAGGAAUAGCAACUUCUCAAUAUGAGCUUCUGAAUUUUGAAUACUUUAAGUUAUGACACUUAAACUGCUUUACUAAAAUUAGAUAUCUAUUAUUGUUAAUUUGAUAACAAAACAAGUAGUUCCUUUUCUUUAUAAAGUAAAUAUUCGAAGUUACGUUUUGUUUAGUAACAUUCUUCUUGCAAAAUAACAUUUAGGAAAAUCUUUAAUGACCGGUGGCUAUCCCCUACAAGAAAAUGUAUACCCAGAAAUGUAUGUUGUUAAAAUCCUAUUUUGAAAUUUUGACAAAACUCUUAAUUUGUUUUUCUCCCAUUUGAACCUUGCCCUGUGUACAAUCUUUAGUAUUUGUAUAAAUUUUACAACUAGUAUGAUUAGUAAAUUUAGUUCAUAUACAAAUUUAAAUUUGCUCAUUAUUAAAUGGUAAUAAUCUUAUUUUUUAUGCUAUUCUGCGUAAAGGCCAUCAAAAUACUUAAAAAAUUUUGUAUUAAAAAUUUUUUUAAUUUUUAUAUUAUUUGUACUUAAUAAGCCAGAAUCGUAAGUUGGUUUUAUUAUCUACUUUUUUAAAAAGAAAUAAUAAACACCAAGUUGUUUCGUUUUACGCCGAAGAAUUCAAUGCUCAAUUAGAAAAACAUAACAUAGAAUGAUAAAAGUUAUUAUUUACUAGUUUGAAUAAUUUAACAUUCUCUGCUAGUUGAUGAUUUAAAGACAUCAAAUUUGUACAAUUUCUAGAAGUUAAGAAAAGUGUUAUUUUUCUUACAAAGAUUUCUUCCUGAACUCGCAGAAAACUGCUUUACUCAAUUUUGGACAAUCAUUUACUAAAGCUUGUCUAUAUUUAAUACAUAACUUUUCUAAUAAUUCAAUUUUGGUACAUAUAAACAUUAUAUUUUAUUUCUGUUCAAUUAGUGUUAGAACUUUAAAAGUUUAUUAUUUUAGGACUUUAUUUUUAAAUAUUUUUCGUUUCCGCAAACAAUUUCGGUAUUAUUAUUUUAAGUUUGGGUGAGGACAACUUCUAAUUCAGCAUUUAAGAGUUGAAACAUAUACUAGAUGUAAUCAAAUUACGAAAAAACUGAAUCGCGUCUGUGAACAUAUUCGUAAAUAUAAUUAAAAAUUAAACAAAAAUAUUUUGCUCAGUAGUUGAAAUGGAAGAAAAGUCGACAGGUUUUUAGCCCUCAAACAUGAUGCUCCUCGUCAUAAUGAUUAAACUUGUUCAGCGAUUCAGCCUACGUGCUAUAGAGCGUCAAAUACGUCAAGAAAUCGUAAAGAGGACGCUCUAAAAAGUGUUUUUAGGCGUCCUUUGUGACGCGUAAUUCUUUAUCGAGGAAACGGGGGAAAUAUAUAUCUCCAACAUAUUUUAGUAGACAGGAUAACUAAAAAAAAAUAUGUAUUAAUAGCAGAUAGUACUAGUACUUAGUACGUUUCAUUGAGGCAAGUGUUGGAUCAGUCCUCAUUAACCCUUUUUGACACAGAAUUUUUAAUUAUACAUAUUUUCAUACUUUUUUCAGUAUUUUGUAUUAAUGUAAGUCAAAAUAAGUGAAAAAUAUUAUCUUUAGCAUUUUAAUUGUUUAUGGUUAUAAAAUUCAGCAUUAAAUACCGGUGUCUUCUACGGUUAAAGGUAAAAUCUUCCAAACAUUGCUCACUUCCAAACAAUAAUUUUUUUCAAAUUUGCACUUAUCUAUGAGAAGCAGCUAUUCAUCAAGCAAAUUUCUUUCAUUUACAAAAUCAAUUAUUCAGAAAUUUUUGAAUAUGGAUGAAAAAAAAAUUUUUCCAAUUACUUUGGUAUACUAUAUUAGUAAAAAUUAAUUAAAAACUCCAAUGAAACUAACAGAUAUUUUGGUAUCUAUUGGAAUAUAUCAAUAUAUAUAUAUAUAUAUAUAUAAAAUUUCGAAAUUCUUUGUUUUGUCUACCUCUGAAUUGAAUAAAUAUACAGAUUAAUAGAUGGAUAACGAGAUAGAGAAUUCAUUGUCUGCUGAAUAUCACGGAUCAUUUUUUUUCCUCUCAGACUACCCGAUCCUCUUCAUUCUCCACUUCUUUUAAUUUUAAAACAUUUGAAGUACUAAUUUAUAUUAUGCAAUUUUUGAAAAUUUAGAUACUUUUCAUAUACUUUUUUUCAUACCCUCUUAUUUAAAAAAAAAAUAUCAUGGAAAUUCGGGUCCUGGGUGUAAGGGUCCAGCGGAAUCUCUGUCUGUUAUUAUGACGAGGAUUGUGACGUGUUUAUCAUGUCAACUUUCUAUCAUUUCUACUAUGAACUCAACCUUAUUUCCGCUUCAGUUUUCUUGAGAUAAUUCGUUUAACAAUCGCAAAUUAUUCUAAUUGAGAAUCGGAUCUCAAUCUCCGAAUCAUCUUAAAUUAAGGACUUGUAAAGCAUUUUAAAUUUAACUUAAAAUAUUAAACUGCUGUCUGACUUUUAAAAAGUAAAAUUUUUCAUCAGUAAAAUAAAUUAUCGAGAAUAAAUUGCUCCAAGUUUUCUAUGUAUUUAAAUAAAUCACAGUUCUUAUAAAGCGAAGCGAAUGCUACUAUACAUCAACAGGAUAAUGAAAGAUAUAUAAAUGUGCCAAUUUGCAUUCACAUUCUAGCGACUUAAUUUCCGCUGAAUUUUUCUGUCAAAAAAAUACUUCAAUGUUUUAUGUGAUCAUUCAUGCACCGCCAUAUAAGGCAAUAUGUGUAUGCGUGUUCUUUCGAUCAAAUUUUCUCCCGCUAAAUAGUUUUUUAGAAACAUAAGAUUAAACUCAACUAUUUGCUCGUAGCCAGCGAGAUGUUGUGUGUGUUUGUUGUGUUUGUAUUUCGUGUCUUUAUGUGCUAAUAAUGUUUAACCUUUUCAAUUCAUUCUCAUGUGUUCUUAAAAAGCUAUGUUUGGAAGUACUUCGUCAGUUUUGAAUGUUAAUUUAACACACGUCAUGAAAAAUAAAAUUUUAUCUGUGUAA